AAAAUAUUUUGCAAAAUUUAUACCUUAAGUAAUAGAAAAUUUUUGAACAUGAUUAAAUAAUUAACAGAAUAGUAAAAAUACAUAUUUUAGUUAAAUACAAUAAUUAAACCAAACCCUGCAACAUCAACAACAAAAUCAACAUGAUUAUGGUGCAACAUUUGGUGGCAGCAAAUGCUCAUACAUUUGUAAAUCCUACCACCCAAUCACCGUCACCUUCACCACCCGCUAAUAAUCUGCAAUCACCUUUAGCAUCACCCACAGCCUCGAUAUCAUCACAUCCCACUACGGCCUCUUCGCCCUUAUCCUCACCCGGCGACGAUAGAGACCUUAACAUGCAAAAACUUCCCUGCAACAUGGACUCAACACAAAGUAGCUGCAGUAAUCGAUCCACUUGUUCACCUCAACAAAGCAAAGUCGAAACUCCGGAAUGGUCUCAAACACAAAGUCAAAUGUCAGAAGAGGACGAUGAUUUGGAAACACAACGUACAGCCGCCACCAAUAAUCAAACGACAAGUGCCAUACAUAAAGGAUCGCCACAAGGGGAAGAAGAACAGGACGAGGAGUUAGAGGAGAGAUUAAGCCAUGACCAUGAAUAUCGUCAACAGCAAUCAACAACUUUACCCACGAAUCCCACUCCCUCUACGUCACCAGCUCUAUCGGCAAAUUCCUUAAAUCCACAGACACCCUCUCCCCAACACUCACCCACGACAACAGCCAACAGUCAAAAUUGUCGUCAACAAUUUACCGUACUCUACAACCACCUCCGACAACAUCCUCCCGCCUCUCGCCAUAACGUGCAUAGCGAUCACCACCAACAGCAGUCGCCACAGCCCCAUCAUCCUCAUCACAAGGAUAACAACAAUGGCAACGAAAUGGAGCAGCAAAACAGACGUUCGGUUAUUACCAGUCGGGAGGAGGAAGAUUCCCUCUCCCAAGAACGUUCAUCAUCGGAAAUCCUCGACAAGCAAAUGGAGGAACAACCUCCGUCGGACCACUAUCACAGUGAAGAUGAAGAUUUCGAUGAUGAGGUCCCUUUGGAUCUAUCUUUACCCACAAAACUUGCCAAAAAUCGUGCACGCACCUAUUCGGGUACGGAAUCAGAUGAUUCAGGUUCGGGUGUUAAUGAUCAUCCCCAUCAUCAUCACCACCACCAUCAUCAUCAUGAGGCAAGCAGACGUUUGAAGCCGGAGGAACGUAAAGCGGCCUAUAAGAAAUCAUUGAUGAAGAGAUAUUAUACAGAAAUUCCUAUUAUCAAACAAUCAACAAGUCCGGGACCUCAUUUGCAACACCUGCCACCACAUCAUCAACAACAAACGCCUCAUCCACAACAGCAGCAACAACAGCCACAUGUGACAACACAACAGCAGACCACAAAUCAAACAUCGUUCACGGGAUCAACCACUGUCAUUAAUAUUAAAUCAGAACAAAAUGUUUUGACCUCACCACAACAUCAACAGCAGCAGCAACAACAACAACAGCAGCAGCAACAGCAACAGUCGCAACAUGGUGCCGUCAAUUUGCAACAUGGCAGCUUAACAGGACCCAAUACCAAUUUACAGUCAUUGAAUAUACCACACCGGCCACUGUUGCAUAAUUUGCUAAGCGGUGGAUCACUGCAUACAACACAUCACAGGAGUUAUGGUGCAGGAACAACAGGUUCAUUUCCUCCAAGUCCGGCCGAUAGUGGGGUUUCCGAUGUCGAUAGUUCUAGUUCAGGUGGCCAACCGUGCAGUGAUGAGCUUAAGGCUCGUCUUGGUUUGCCACCACAUUGUAAUACGCAUUCAAACCAUUUAACAUCGGGCACAUUUCUACAUCCGAAUCUAUAUCAAAAUUCUCAAAUAAGGAAUAUUUGGAAUCGUGGUGUUGGAAUGCCCGAAAAUUACUAUUUACCUUUAACCACCAAUGGCGGCAAUACUUCCAGUAAUGGUCCAAUUGGUAAUAACAAUGUUUCCUGCAGUUCUACGGCGCCGAAUGGUCUAACCAGCAAUGGUUCAUAUACGGGCGCGCCUUACUUUACAACUCCAUCUCCGCCUCGUUCAAAUGUCGGUUUGGCUUCACAUCAUUCCCUACAUCCACAUCAACAGCAUGCUUUGCAUACGCACCAGCAGCAUUCCUCCGUCUCUAAUCCAACGGUCGGCUCGACCAGCAAUGGCGUUCUGUCCACUAACGGCGUAUUAACACACCAACAAAGUGUUAUACAACCGGCCACAUCGAGUGUUAACUAUGAUCUCUCCUACAUGCUAGAGUUGGGCGGUUUCCAGCAGCGCAAAGUUAAAAAGCCCCGCAAACCCAAAAUCGAAAUGGGCGUUAAACGGCGCAGUCGAGAAGGUUCCACCACCUAUCUGUGGGAGUUUCUACUUAAACUUCUACAAGACCGCGAAUACUGUCCACGUUUCAUAAAGUGGACGAAUCGUGAGAAGGGUGUCUUCAAGCUGGUUGAUUCAAAGGCCGUUUCACGCCUAUGGGGCAUGCAUAAGAACAAGCCCGACAUGAACUACGAGACAAUGGGACGAGCUUUACGCUACUACUAUCAAAGAGGCAUAUUGGCGAAGGUGGAUGGUCAACGUUUGGUCUAUCAAUUUGUUGAUGUACCCAAAGACAUUGUGGAAAUUGAUUGUAAUGGUGUUUAAAUUUUUGAAAACAAGCCAAAAAUAAUAGAAAGAAAAAAUGAACAGAUUGAUAUAAAAAUAGAAAGGAGACCAAGCAAAUUAAGAUGUAUCGGACCAUUUGAUGAUUGAACAAAGUCGUUACUGUACAAAUUGGUUAACAACAAUAAAACAAACCAAAUUCUCUAAUAGUAACCAAUCAUUAAACACGAUCCCCAAAAUAGCUAUUCUCCUAUAAUGGGUUAAAAACACUGGAUGGUGCUGCACUAUAGAAAAAUACUUGCGCUUUGUGCAACAAAAACAA